AAAAUCUUGUUUAACUUACAGGUUGCUGCCCACAUCGUCAAUAUUUGAGUCAACAAGAAUGUAGUAUGAUAGAUAAAUCCUGGAAGAAAAGGGUUCCAGGUUGCCAUAAAAAUAAACAUAUCGGGCUGAAAAUUGCAAGAUUUUCCAGUUUUAAUGGUUGGAAACAUCUAAAUGCCACAUCUGGACAGUCCUUAGAACCAGAACCUGAAGCAUAUACUGUGAUGAAAUUAUGGGAUUUACUAUUUUCAUCAUUGGAUGCUUUCUAUCGGUUUUCACGUCCCCACACGGUCAUAGGCACAGCAUUGAGUAUUGUCUCAGUUUCUCUUCUGUCGGUUGAGAAUUUCAAUGAUUUUUCUCCGCCCUUCUUUACUGGACUUUUACAGGCAGUGAUUGCUGCACUAUUCAUGAACAUUUACAUUGUUGGACUGAAUCAGUUAUUUGACAUUGAAAUAGAUAAGGUUAAUAAGCCGACUCUCCCACUCGCUUCCGGGGAAUACUCUUUCAGAACUGGCACUGCAAUUGUUUCCAUUUUUGCUAUUAUGAGCUUUGCCAUUGGAUGGGUUGCUGGAUCUUGGCCAUUGUUUUGGGCCCUUUUCAUUAGUUUCAUUCUUGGAACUGCAUAUUCUAUCAAUCUACCGUUUUUUAGAUGGAAGAGAUUUGCUGUAGUUGCUGCCAUGUGCAUCCUUGCCGUCCGUGCUGUGAUUGUUCAACUAGCAUUUUUUCUUCACAUGCAGACCUUUGUAUUUAGAAGACCAGCUAGCUUCUCGAAGCCGUUGAUUUUUGCAACUGCAUUUAUGACCUUCUUUUCAAUUGUUAUCGCAUUAUUUAAGGGCUAUUAA